UUCACGAGACAUACACAACUUUGUUCCCUGGAAACGACUCAUUCAGUGACUGACGAUUACAAAUUUAACGGCUCUCUUUAUCGCUUUUAAAACCGAGCCGAACCGGUGCUGACCACAGUAAGUAACCGACCGAGACAGGUUAAUAUCAUUUAGUUCGUCAACCAAUAGCAGAAGCUGCCGGUUGGACUUCAGGCAAACUAACUUCCCUGAGCUGGCGAGUGAGUGAGUGAGCGAGCUUUGUUAGCCUGCUAACUAGCUGAGCUGACAGAAAACAAACGACAGUCUGCUCCUCAGGCUGCUGGAGCAACAACUUCAGCUGAAACACGGGCUGUGACUAUGGAGAGACCAAGCAGCUCUAAAGACGGAGCUCAGUGCACGGAGGAAGCCUCUCAUUCCGUAGGAACCUGGCGGAUAUGAGCACCGAGCGAUGAGACGGCACAUGUUACACCGAGGCAAUAAUUACAAUAACAGUAGUAAUAACAAUAAAAGACUGGGAGGGAUAUCAGAGUGAAGGCGAAACCUUUGUUUUUGAGUGCUGUGAGUGUGUGAGAUCGAAGUGCCUAUGGCGGAGUUAGGGGAGGACGGAAGGCUCCCUCCGGUUCAUUUCGGGCACACGGCCGUGCCCAGCGACGAGGCUGCGGGGAAGACGCAUUGCGAAGUGUCGGUUCUGAAUGGAGACUGUGGGAUUUCGGAGAAUAUGAUGUGCUCAGGCUCCCCUCUCACACCUGGCAGCCAAACCGGAGUAGAAACCGCCAACACCUCCGUGGGGCCGGAUGCCAAAUCUGACAUACCUCGCCGGAGCAGCAUUAUUAAGGAUGGAAGACAACGAAAAGAAAGAAAGAAGACCGUCUCAUUCAGCAGCAUGCCCACUGAGAAGAAGAUUAGCAGAGUCAGCGACUGCAUCAAUGCCAUGGUGGAUGGCUCGGAGCUGAAAAAAGUGCGAUCCAAUUCACGCAUUUACCACCGCUACUUUCUUCUUGACGCCGACAUGCAAUCAUUGAGGUGGGAGCCAACGAAGAAGGAGUCUGAAAAGGCAAAGAUAGACGUGAAGUCCAUCAAGGAGGUCCGGACAGGCAAGAAUACAGAAACUUUUAGAACUAAUGGCACCUAUGACCAGAUAUCAGAGGAUUGUGCUUUUUCAAUCAUCUUUGGGGAGAAUUAUGAGUCCCUGGACUUGGUGGCAAACACAGCAGAUGUAGCCAACAUAUGGGUGACUGGUCUGAGGUACCUGAUCUCUUAUGGGAAGCAUACCUUGAAUAUGAUCGAGAGCAGCCAGAACAACUUGCGCUCAUCUUGGUUAAGCGACCUCUUCGAUGAAGAAGACGUCAACCACAACAAACAGAUAGCAAUAUGUGCUGCCGUGCAGCUAAUAAAGAAACUAAACCCGGGACUUAAAAAUGUGAAAAUAGAACUAAAGUUCAAGGAGCUCCACAAAGCUCAAGAUAAAAGUGGGUCUGAUGUGACAAAAGAAGAGUUUGCUGAAGUCUUUCAUGACCUUUGCACAAGACCAGAGAUUUAUUUUCUUUUUGUUCAGUUUUCCAGUAAUAAGGAGUUUCUUGAUACUAAGGACUUAAUGAUAUUUCUGGAGGCAGAGCAGGGAAUGGCUCAGGUCAGUGAAGACACCAGCUUAAAUGUCAUUUACAAGUAUGAACCAUCCAAAGAGGGCCAGCUAAAGGGAUGGCUCUCUCUUGAUGGGUUCUCCAACUAUCUUAUGUCUGCAGAGUGCCACAUAUUUGACCCUGAGCACAAAUCCGUUUGCCAAGACAUGAACCAGCCUCUGUCCCACUACUACAUCAAUGCAUCCCACAACACGUAUCUGAUAGAGGAUCAAUUCAGAGGUCCUUCAGAUGUGACGGGGUACAUCCGUGCUCUGAAGAUGGGUUGUCGCUGUGUGGAGCUGGACGUGUGGGACGGGUCUGAUAACGAGCCCGUUAUCUACACUGGUCACACAAUGACUUCACAGAUUGUUUUCCGCAGCGUCAUAGAUGUCAUCAAUAAGUAUGCCUUUGUUGCCUCUGAGUUUCCUCUGAUUCUGUGUUUGGAAAACCAUUGUUCUGUAAAGCAGCAGAAAGUCAUGUUUCAGCAUCUGAAGAAGAUCCUUGGAGACAGGAUCCAUGUAGAUUCUCCAAAACUCGAGGACUGUUACCUCCCAUCUCCAUCUGAGCUGAAGGGAAAGAUCCUGCUGAAGGGUAAGAAGUUGGAUACAAACUGCACUGCUUCAGAAGGAGAAGUGACGGAUGAGGACGAGGGGGCAGAGAUGUCUCAGAGGAUGAGCAUCGAGUCCACAGAGCAGCAGACUAAUGCACCCAAAAAGAUCCCACUGCUUAAGGACCUCUCUGAUCUGGUGACGCUGUGUAAAUCUGUGGAGUUCAAAGACUUUCCAACAUCUUUCCAGAAGCAGAAACCCUGGGAGCUCUGCUCUUUCAAUGAGGUGUUUGCCACGCGCUGUGCAUGUGAUUUCCCUGGGGACUUUGUCAACUACAACAAGAAGUUUCUGGCACGAGUUUACCCGAGCCCAAUGCGGAUCGACUCUAGCAACAUGAAUCCACAAGACUUCUGGAAGUGCGGCUGCCAGAUUGUAGCCAUGAACUACCAGACUCCUGGGCUGAUGAUGGAUUUGAACAUCGGUUGGUUCCGUCAGAAUGGCAACAGUGGCUACGUUCUCCGACCGGCCAUCAUGCGGGAGCAGGUCUCAUAUUUCAGUGCCAACACAAAAGAUUCAGUACCUGGGGUUUCUCCACAGCUCUUGCACAUCAAGAUAAUCAGCGGACAAAAUUUCCCCAAACCCAAAGGCUCCGGUGCUAAGGGAGACGUGGUGGACCCAUAUGUGUACGUGGAAAUACACGGCAUUCCUGCAGACUGUGCAGAACAGAGGACUAAAACAGUCCACCAAAAUGGGGACAACCCGCUGUUUGAUGAGAGCUUUGAGUUUCAGAUAAACCUUCCUGAGCUCGCAAUGGUGCGCUUCGUGGUUCUAGACGAUGACUACAUUGGAGAUGAGUUUAUUGGCCAGUAUACGAUCCCCUUUGAGUGUCUCCAGCCUGGUUUCCGCCAUGUGCCGCUACAGUCUCUGACAGGAGAGUUGCUGCCUCAUACUUUGCUUUUUGUCCAUGUUGCCAUAACCAAUCGAAGAGGUGGAGGAAAGCCACACAAAAGGGGAUUGUCAGUAAGGAAAGGCAAGAAGAGCAGAGAGUAUGCUAGUAUGAGAGUGCUGCAGAUCAAGGCUGUGGAUGAGGUCUUUAAAACAGCCCUGUUGCCACUCAGAGAGGCCACCGACCUCCGAGAAAACAUGCAGAAUGCCAUAGUGUCCUUUAAGGAGCUCUGCGGCCUUUCAGCCGUGGCCAACCUGAAGCAGUGCAUCUUGGCCCUUUCCCCUCGGCUGACAGGACCCGACAACAGCCCGCUCCUGCUGUUUAACCUCUCUGACCCGUACCCUAACCUGGAGCUCCAAGGCCUGCUCCCAGAGGUCCUGAAAAAGGUCGUCACCUCCUACGACAUGAUGAUCCAGACCAGCAAGAUCCUGCUGGAGAGCUCCGACUGCGUGUAUGAGAGGAUUUUGCAAACUCAGAAAGCAGCGAUGGAAUUUCAUGAAAACCUGCAUGAUCUGGCUGUGAAGGAAGGGCUGAAGGGCAGGAAGCUGCACAAGGCGGUGGAAAGCUUCACGUGGAACAUCACCAUCCUGAAGGGUCAAGCUGACUUACUAAAACAUGCCAGAAGUGAAGUCCAGGAAAACCUCAAGCAGAUCCACUACUCGGCGCUCACCUGCAACCUGAGCAAAGGAGGGACAGCGGGCGGCUCCUCCGGCUCCACGGACUCCAAGAGCCGACGCAGCUUGGAGGCCAUUCCUGAAAAAGCCACGGGGGAGGAGGAGCUGACGGAUGAGGAAAACUGAAGACUUCCUGUGGCUUUCCUUCAACUCUCUUCUUUCUGCAUCUCCAAACCUGAAGGUCCUCUGUCCAUCUUCACCCAGGUGCUGUCACUCUUCACCCUCCAUCAUGGACAUUCCUCAACCUAAAGCACAGUUAAAACUUCUUAGACCAAUAAAAUCAUACGGAUCAUGUCUUUGUUUCAAACAAGAGUUUUAGAAAACACAGGAAAAGGUUUUGUAACCCCCUCAAACUCUCCUAGACGUCUAAGUGAAACUUUCUGCUUCCUGAUUUUCCCGUUUCCUCUCCUGGAUGAGUCCGGAGUGAACCAGCGGCCCUCAGACUGUUCCAGUUCCAGACUUUAAACACGAGCACUUCUACUUAGCGGACCAGAGGACACAAAGAAGGCCUUGGAUUGUUGCAAGGAUUUUUUUUUUUUUUUAAAAAGCACAAUUUUCCUGAGCUGUGAAUGUAACUGGGACUGAAGAGUGGGAACAAAAAUGUUCAGAAUGAGAGUAAAGAGCUGUUUACAAUUCUGGACUUGUUCAUGUUCUCGUCUGCCAAAACAGUAGUAAACUAUGUGUAUAUACAGAGUUUCCUGUGAGCUUUUUUUCUGCAGAGUGCAUCAUUUUAUUAUUGUACACUUGGAAAUAUGAGAUUUAUUUUAUAAAAGUUAUACGAACACAAGUGUGGAGAUAAAGUUUUAUUUGUGCGCGGACAAACCCUCCAACAUGAGGAGGCAGAAGGACGUAAGAGGCAGAGACAGAAUGUAUCUGUGUUGUUGUCCCGUCUCUCUGCUCUGAACCAGCAGCUGCAUGGAAGGAUGUUGACACGUUUUUGUUCGUUCUUUGUUUAGAUGUGCUUCUAUUUCAGGGCAAGUUUUUACCAAAGUUCACCUUAUGUUGGAGCUGAAAGUUUAUUUCAAACCCAAAACUAAACCAGUUCAACUUAUUCAGAACGAUGUGAACACGACAAAUCAAUUGUUGCUGGUAGUAAUCUGCAGAUAGCCACGGUUUGUCCUUAUUUACAUUUUGCAGAGAACAUUUUACAGAAAAACGGUUUGUUGGAUGGACGGACGGCCACCAUAUUAACUUAAUGUUUAAUUAUACAGAUUAUUAAUUGAAAACAUUCUGAAAAUUAUUUUCUGUAUCUAUUUUAGUGGCCAUAUACUUUAAGUGAACACAACUUUAUUUAACAAACCUGCUAACCCUGUUAGAACGGCCUUUAGCUGGGAUAUUGAUCUCCUUUUUUAAAUUAUGGUUAAACAAUACUAAUUGAAUAUUUUUUCGUAACCAUUUAUGUUUCUGGAAACAGAACAGUACAAAAUUAUGGCGUUUUUAAAGAGGGUGUUUUUUGUAGUUUUUUGUUGUUUUUUUUAAAAUAGGGAUUGUGUGAAGUACUAAUUAGUGAUCAGUAUCUUACAUGCAGUAAAACUUAUUUAUACCCUUAAACCCUCUAAUUUAAACCUCAACUGGUGAUUUAAUCAUAAGCUAAAGUUUUUACUACAUCUUCUCAUUCUUGCAUAAGACGGUUGUCAAAGUGUUUCUCUUAAAUUAUUUUGCUAUUCUCUCAGAAAAAAAACAUCCUGCAAACAAAAUGCCUCUGAAUUAUUAUACAUGAGGAUGUUUCACAGUAUUUUCUGGAACAUUCUUUACACUUAAUAAAAGUUAGACAAACUAUCUAGGCUAUAUGUGCAUUUAUUUGAAAAAAGUUUGCAUUACUGCUAAUAAUAUUAGCAUUAGAACCUAAUCUUAUCCCAGAGUUUCAACAUUUGGAUGCAGUUAAACACAUUCAGCAGGACGCUUCUGGCUUCUUGAACAGUUUUCUUGGACUAACCUUAAAAAAAGUUACCUUGUUUUUAUGGAUGAGAUUUGCUGCCAAAAAACAACAACAAUAUAAUGCAAUAUAAUGACCACAUUAUUUUGUUAAUGUUUUUAUCACCACUGGUCAAUUUGUAUAGAAGUGCACGACAAGUAAUUUCAACCUAUUUACUAACCUACUUUUGUAUUUAUUAAUGAAACUAUAAAGCUUAGAAAUACAAAGAAGAAUGUAAGUCAUCUGCAGGUCCAACAGAACAAUAGUUGACGGUUUGUCCAGGGCCAAAAUAUGUUGAUUCCAAUAUUGAAGUUACAGAUUGUGCAGAAAAAUGUUCACUGUCCUCCAUUACAUUGGAUCUUUAGAUGGAUUAGAUUUAAAGUAGAAAAUCGCAAUUGAUGAAAACCCCAACUAACAUUCAGCUGCCUCCGUCCUUUUAUACAUAGAAAACUAAUAAACAAAUAAAAAAUGAUCUAAAAUAGCAUUUACUCAAACUCAACAAAGUUGCAUGCUUGGUUCCUGCCUUGGCACGUCGUCUCUAAGAAUCUCCCAGUGUUUUAGUGCCUAAAACAGUCCAAAGCGUUCUUUUAACGAUACUCAUCAGGAAAUAUCGGUUUGACCAAUUCUUCAACAAAACGAGGCUCCACAGAAACAUUGUUGUCCCUGUACACCAAAUUUUAAAUGCAAAUCUUGAAUUUGCCUUCUCACAGCGGUUUUGCAGAUGUGUUGUAAGGAGAAAUUAAAAGUAAACGUUUAAAUAAGACAAUCAUGUUUUGUCUUGUGGAGACUUUAAUGUUGGGCUAAUAAAUAAGAAAUGCAACCAGAUUUGUUGCAUGAAGAGGCCUGUAAUUAAGAAAAAACACCAAAAUACCUUAAUUCAGAAUACCUGUAAACAUGUUAUAUUUACCCAUUGGUACUGUAAAUUAAAUUAACCUCAUAUAAUUAAUGGAGAAAUUAUCUCUAUGUUCAGAUCCAUAAAAACUUUGCAAGGAAAAAACAUUUUGAUGAAAGUAUCAGACAGAUUACGUCUAAGAUCAAGGAUUAAAUAAAAGCAUGUUUUUAGUGAUUUCUGAAGCUAAUCUGUGUGAAACUGAUUAACCAAGCUAAGUUUUAAAAACUAAUGUUGGAUAAACAAGCAUAAAGGCGUCCGUCACACAAUCUGAAUUUGCCCCAUUAAAAGUAGAAUUUUGCUACUAAAACAAGUUUGGAACCGCCAUCAGCCUUCAUGACUGAUUAUAAUGGAGCCUUUAGCAUUAUAUUUGUAAAAACAUCCUUAGUAUUAAUCCCAUGAUGCCACUACGCUGAUAUGUUACCAUGACGAUCCCUACCUAUAAAUCAAGUCUCAUCUCAUAACGAUACACUGGUAAUAAACCCCUACAACCUCACUAUGCAACGUUCUUUCAACCUUUGUAAACUUUUAUGCCCCAUCAAGGACAAUUUAAAGCUCAAUAUGUUCCCAAUGCCUCCCAGAAAACCUCACUAAUGACGGAUCUGUUGACUUUUUACCUGUUGUUGGGACUUUAUCGUUCUUUUUCUGUUUGUUUUUGGCAGAGAAAGCAUUAACUAGCUUUGCUCUUUUGUAGUAAAUUUGUUGAGUUUGUUUAAAUCAAAUGUUUGUUUGUUUUUUUUUUUUAAAUGGCAUUUUAUAAUCUACAUUUUCUCCGGUUUUAUUUUUUCCUGCGUCGGUGAACAUGUAGGAGUUAAAACGGCAACAAACCCAGUUUAACUCAUUAGUUUUAAAACAGAGACACCAUUAGUUUCGUCACCAUUUUAUACCUUUUUAUUGGGCACAUUUCAGUCAGUGCUAACUCACCACUUUAGCUUUUUCUUUUCUUUAACCUUGUUUGCAUUUAUUAUGUUACUCUUUGUUGCAGCACUUAUUUUCUUAUUCUAAUAUUUGAUAUUUAAAUUAUAUCUAAUUAGAAAAUACCAUUGAAAUAAAUAUGUGAAGAAUGCUAGUCAAGUUGAAGCUAAUAAAAUGUUUGUUUAAUAAACUGAUUUAAUCUCGUUUCAACUGGAAAUUUUCCCAAGGUGAAAGUUGAUUACACUCAAUUCAAAGUUAUUAUUUUCAUGAUAGAUAAAAUCCCAAAAUGCUGUUUCCACUUUGACUAAACCAUCUUCCAGUGAGCUAAAGUAAAAGAUAAUUAAAACCCCAUCACGUUGUUUCUGUGUUUUCCACUUUUAAGACUAAACAAAUCUGCCAGCAACAGUACAAUUGAGCAAUCAGAGAGCAAAGUAAAACUUGCGGCACUUUCCAGCUCUAAAUGUUUUGUUUGGAGACAUUUUGUUUCCCUCCUUUUUUGUUUAAAGUUGUGCUUUUUGCUCCCAAAUGUUGUCCACACUUCCUGGUGUUUCCAGCGAGCCGUCUCUGAACAUCAGUGCUGUGCCAGAGUCCGUAAUAAUAAAUGUCUAAACAAUCCAGAUGUAUUUCAAGUCCAAUCUGUCAAGUUUUAAAUAACGACCUCUGAAUAAACAGUGUUGGAUAACA